AUGUAUCUUGCAAAUAUCCUUCCCUUUGUCCUUCUGCCGUUAGCGGCCAUUGCAGAUGUCACUACCAGACAGUCUCAUCGCCGAACAUGUAUUAUCAAGCCAGGAGGCUCCGGAUCAAUUGAUGAUACGCCUGCUAUCCUCAAGGCCUUCCAUGAAUGUGGAAAAGGGGGAAGGGUUGUCUUCCAGAAUACCACAUACCAUGUCAACAGCGUGAUGAACACAAGCGAACUGCACAAUUGUGACAUUGACCUUUAUGGCACACUUUUGUGGGGAACCAACAUCUCGUACUGGCUCUCACACUCAUUGGACGUGGGCUAUCAGAACCAGUCCACUGCAUGGGUGAUAGGAGGGAAGAAUAUUCGUUUCGACGGUCACGGAUACGGCACAUUGAACGGCAACGGACAGGUGUGGUAUGACUAUGUCAAGAGUGUGUCGAAUUAUCCUCGCAGGCCGCACGCCCUCACCGUCGCGCGGGCAUCGAACUCGGUCUUUCAGGGGCUGAGAUUCCUGCAAAGUCAGAUGUGGACUUUAUCUGUGAUUCACUCGAAUCAUAUCCUCUUCGACUCGAUCUAUGUGAACAGCACGACCACUAACGGCAACUCGGCUCACAAUACCGACGGAGCCGACACUAUCUACAGUUCACACAUCACCUUCAACAACUGGACGGUCGUCAACGGCGACGACAGCAUCAGCACCAAGGCCAAUUCCACCGACAUUCUCAUCACCAACUCGGUCUUCUACCGGGGUCUUGGCAUCGCCAUAGGCAGUAUCGGCCAGUACAAGGACGUCUUUGAGACUAUCGAGCGUGUCCGAGCCGAGAACAUCACGUAUUACGGCACGCUGCACAGUCUGUACUUCAAGACCUGGACGGGCGAGCAGGUCAAUUACCCGCCCAACGGUGGAGGCGGCGGCCUUGGCUAUGCCUCAGAUAUAUCCGCCUCGAAUCUCUACGCCUACAAUCUGCGCGGGGCGCCCUUCACCAUCUCCCAGUGUACGACGUUUGCACGGGCGCCGAGCAACUGCACCUCGUCCAAAUUUCAGAUCUGGGAUUUGCGCAUCGAAGAUGUCACCGGAUCCUCCAAGACGGACGUGGUGGCCAGCUUCCAGUGUAGUGCCGUCAAGCCGUGUACGGACAUCCAGAUUCGGAAUGUGAACUUGCAGCUGUCGAAUGGGACGAUGGCGGAUGAAUAUCUGUGUGGCAAUGUCGAGGGCACUCGGGGGUUUAACUGCACAGGGAAGGCGUGUGAGAAACCCAGUUCUACAGGAGGGUGUUAG